CUGGAAUGGCAGCAUGGAUGGUAAACAGUGCUCUAAAAUCAAUAGCGGCCAAACGGGUGGUGAAAACUCUGUUUGGCUGAAUGGUAGAGAAUGUACACAUGUGUGACGAGUAAGAUGUAACAUCUAGCCUACUAACCAAUUUGGCUGGUGGUGGGGAAAAAAGGUCAUUUAUAGCCCUGAUGGUAGCCCUCUUCCUGUCUCUUCCUUCGCUUGAUGAUUCGGGCUGUCGUUGAAAUACGAGUCCAUUCAGACAACAGCCAACAUAAUAACCCCACAUUCCAAAGACAAGGCGUGCGUAAAGGAACCCUUCCGUGGAUCGCGGUCAGCCCUUUCCCCCACCCAGCCCGUUAGGUUGGAGCACCCUGGCUGACUGAUUCCUCGACUUGUUUCCCCCCCAAUUCAUACAAUAUACGGGUUUUUUUUAAAUCAUUAACUCAUCGUUUCAGCGGUCCGACUUGGUGUGUGCCACAGUACGACCCCAGAGUUCGGUGCCACCCCCUGACGCCCUGCUGCUAUGGACCUCUCCGGCGCCUCCAAGCCCGCCCCUGGGCAGCAGCAGAGAGACAGCUGGGAGCGCCCAAGCCACUUUAUUCUGACUGCCCUCGGCUACGCGGUGAACGUUGGGACCUUUGUUAUUUAUCCUACCAUGUUCUUCUAUGGUGGCGGAGCUGACUAUUUCAUCCCCUACCUCAUUACCAUGGUUCUGUUUACCAUGCCGAUGGUGUAUCUGGAGUUUUCCAUUGGCCAGCUGACCCAGAGAGGGCCUGUGCAGGCAUUCACCCAGCUCUGCCCCCUGCUCAAAGGAGUCGGGGUGUGCAUGGUGGUGGUGUCCUUGCUCGUCAAUGGCUACUUCAACGUCAUGAUGAGCUGGAUCCUGUUCUACCUCUUCAGCUCCCUCAGUCCCAGUCUGCCCUACCUGACCAACGACAACGCCUGGAACACACCAGGGAACACGCCACGGGCCGUGGACGUGGACAUGGACAUGGAUAUGUGGGACCUGGGGGGCGACUUGUACAACUUCACCAAUAUCACCAGAUUGGACAGAGCCACCCGCGACUUCUUUAAUGUCCGGGUUCUUGGGAUCUCCGAUGGAAUUGAGCAAAUGGGCAGUGUACGAUGGGAACUACUUGGAUGCCUCGUGCUUACUUUAAUCAUCGAAUACCUUUGUAUCUUCAAAGGAGUGAAGCUUUCCGGUAAGGUGGUGUAUGUGACUACCCUGCUCCCCUAUGCUGUCCUCUUCCUCCUGCUGAUGGUGACUCUGAGUCUUGAGGGCAUUGGAGAAGGUCUCUCCAACGCCUUCGGACCUAGUUGGUACCGCCUGGGUUCAUUUGAGGUGUGGACAAGAGCGGUUUCCCAGGCUACGUACUCUUUUGGCAUGGGGACUGGGGUCUUGAUCUCCAUGGGUAGCUACAACAAGCACAACUACAACAACAUUUGCAGGGACUCCGUCAUCGUCACCUUGGUUCACUUCGCCUCUGUCCUGUUGACUGCUCUCGUGGUUCUUGGCGGCAUUGGUCACCUCAACUGGUUGCAGAAUUCUGAUUGGAAUGACAAUAUUCAUGGAGGGUUUGAACAGCCAUUUAAGGAGUAUACUCUAAUCUUGGCGGCCAUGCCUGUUCCACAGCUAUGGGCUGUUCUCUUCUUCAUCAUGCUGCUCAACAUGGAAUUAGGCAGACUGUUUUCCCACUUGGAGCUGGUGGGCUCGUGUGUGUUGGAGACUCUGGGCCCAAAGCUGCCUCCAGGCCUGAGGAGGAAGGAGAUUCUGCUCGUUCCCGUCUGCGUAGCCAGCUUCUUGGUGGGCCUUCCCUGUGUCUUCCAGGGUGGAAUAUAUGUGGUUGUGCUUAUGGACCUCUACAUUUCGAUACCUAUGAUGAUGCUGCCUUUGUUGGAGAUUGUUGGCGUUUGCUGGAUGUUAGGUCCGACGAGAUUGUUUGACAUGUUCAGCAAGUCUCUGGGGAAAGCUCCAAACAUAUUCUUCAAGGUCUGCUGGAUGGGCAUCACCCCCUUGAUAGCUGUGUUAACAUUGGCGGGAAAUUUGGCGAUGCACCACCCACCAAUGUACUACGGAUUCCAGUACCCCUACUGGUGCGCGGUUGUGGGCUUCCUACUCAUAGUGUUCACGCUCAUGUGGAUCCCCAUCGGGUAUCUGCGCGAGCUCUGGUCCCCAUCACGUCCCCAUGUCCCCAUACAUAAUCCAACGGCAGCUGAGGAUGACGACCGAGUGGAGAUGGAGGAGGUCAGAUAAAGACCCCAGGGGCAGCAUGGGCCGGGAGCCGGAGCUGAUCAUUCAGGGUUGCGUUUCCCAAAAACCCUUAAGUAGUACUUAAGUCUAAAUAGUACUUAAGUAUG